AUGCGCACAAUGAAUAAAUGACGUCACAACUGAGUUACGCUUCCUGCUGCGGAAUCUGACCGAACACCGGUCCGCGUCGCUUCGCUGUCCCGCAUCAUGUUCAGAGCAGCCGCCCGCCUUUCCUUCUCCGGUUUUCGGAGUUUGGCCCACAGGAAGCCGGGGUGCAAAGCUCUGUUGGCCUCCAGGUGCUAUUCACACGGGAAACAAGAGACAGAUGAAGAGUUCGAUGCCCGCUGGGUUACCUACUUUAACAAGCAAGACAUUGAUGCAUGGGAGCUGAGAAAAGGGAUGAACACGCUUAUUUGUUACGAUCUGGUUCCCGAGCCAAAAAUUCUCGAGGCAGCACUCCGAGCUUGUCGGAGGUUAAACGACCUGGCCACCGCAAUCCGAAUCCUGGAAGCUGUGAAGGAUAAAGCCGGCCCACACAAAGAGAUCUACCCGUACCUUAUUCAAGAACUGAGGCCAACAUUAGACGAGCUUGGAAUCGCCACCCCUGAAGAGCUCGGUAUCGACAAAGUAUAAGUAAGAUCCGGUGGUGGUGGAUGUCCUCCAAAUGCAGAAUCAUUGUACCUUCAUGUUUGCCUCAUCCGUCUGAUAUUUAAUUUGACCUUUAUUAUGUUCACUUGCUUGUACGAUAUUAAUGAACCUAAUAAAGGAAACUGUAUCUGUAAUGCGCGAUAAAAGUACCUCAGAAUACUUUUACAAACGGUUUUAUGUACUCGGUGAAGCGGGAGGUACAAUACAGCACUUACCGAUUUGAGACUGCUGUUGUUGGCGGUGCCUGUGUAACUCACUUUUUGCCGCAAGGGGGCAGCGUUUUCACAACUCAAAGCCAUUCUUUUGCAUGUUCUCAAUCUGUUUCCAUUGCAGGGACAAUGUACAGGAGCAUAAAAUAAACUUUUGAAACGGCA